AUGGUAAGUUGCAAUUUUAGACGAUUCACUACGGUACGCAAAUGUGUGCAUUUGUGCGUCGCAUUGUUAGAUAGUGAUUCCAGCGUUUUAGAGAAUUUUUCUCAAAAACCUGAGCACAUCAAAAGCGCACACAUUUUUGGUCUCGUAGCGAUUCCAGUUUUUUCUUCCAAUUAAUUUUACCCAAAAAUUUGAAGGGUAACAUUGAUGACGUGUGGACAUAUCAAAAAGUCGGCACACCAUUUCCUUCAAAUGUUCAAAAAGCUCCUGGACAAGCGAAUAAAUACAUAGCACUCUGGUAUAAACACGGUAAACCCGUAAUGGGAAAAGCCUGGAAUGAUAGCGGUGUUGUAAAAUGUGCAUUUGUAUAUGAUUCAAAAGUGUAUACAAGUUCCGAAAUUGGCGGACAAAUACAAUUGUUGGUUCAUGAUUCGAACAACAAAACAUUUUAUUAUGAUUGGAUUUUAUACGAAGAAGCGAAAAAGCAAACUAAACCGGGUGUUUUUGAGAUGGUUCGAUGUGGCAUAAGUUGUGCAGUUUUUUGGCCAGAAGAAGAAUUGCUCGGAAAUCUUGAUAUUGAAAAACACAUCUCGAGUUUUGCUGAUGAUAAAGAUUCGUUGCGAACAAAUAGUGCGAAUUUGGAGAAAAUGCUUGUUUUGUGCAAAAUUUUGGGACAGGCUCCAGUUGCACUUCACGGACUCAAAACAUUGAAUAAGGUUGGGGGGUUUUUUUUUCAAAAAUAAUAAAUUUUUAUUCUUAUUAAUUUAUUUUCAUAGAAAGCAACUCUUCGUAUGCCAUUGAUUGUAAAUGAUUGGGAAGAUUUUAAUUGGGGAAGUGAAUGGCCAACAUCGAAGCCAGUGAUGAGUGCGCCGAAAAAAUCGGAAAAAGAUCCCGAACAAUACGUGGCAUUAUGGUAUAGACAUGGGAAACCAGUUAUGGGAAGAGCGUGGAAUUCGAAGAAUCGCAUUGAUGCUUCGUUUGUUGAGUAAGUUACAGUACUACAGUAUUUAAAGGAGGGAAGUGAAAAUAUAUUUGGAAAGGUCCCAAAUGUUUGGAAUAUUUUCUCCAAAUUCAUAUUUUCCAGCUCAAACCGUGAGUUCAGCGGUGCAACUGUCGGCUCCCUUCAACUUCUUAUGCGUCUUCCUCCAACUUCAGUUGGAUACGAUUAUGUUUGGCUACCGUAUGAUCAAGCAAUGGAUUAUCGUGAUAAAGAUUUUCUACCAGUUCAUUUGAGUUAUACAUGUCCUGCGAUUAUACCAGUCAAUGGAGUUCCUUAUUUAGGUAUUUUGUUUUUGAGAAAAUUUCUAUUCACAAAAUAAAAUUUUUUAGGUCAAGUUGAUAUGAAGUUGGAAAAAGCAACAGUGGCAUGUUAUGGUACUGUAACAAGUUUGGAAGGUGGACAAGUCAAAUCAAUUUUGGUUUUGUGUCGAAAAGAGCAUGAAGAAACGAUGCUCGUUUAA